AUGUUGACAAAAGAAAGAAGUAUAUUAGAGGAAGAUGAUCCGAUACCAACCUAAUAAUAGCAACAAAAGGUCUCAUCUAACUAGCUUAAUGCUCCUAAUCCUAUUUUGAUUAAAAAAGAAGAUAGUAAUAGCAAUUAGUAGCAGCAACUAUCUAACAGAUCUAAUUCAAAGCAAAAUCAUGAUCCACUCAAACAUAGCAACAAAUUAGUUGAGAACUACUCUGAAAUUGAUUGGUUUGACUUCGAGAUGCGCAUGAGGAAGCUAGUACAUUAACUGAUGGAGCCAACAUUCAAGUAAAGCACAGAGGAUAGAGCAUUGGUUAGUAAGUUACAAAGAUUCUUGGAGGACCAUGAUCGCAGAGUCAAUGAUAUUGAGAUAAUUCUUUUCAAGAAGGAUGAAGAGGAAAGAAUGGGCUUGUUUGAUAGCAUCUAUAAGAAAAUAACCGAGAAUGAAAGGCAGCGACUGAUGGAAGAGGAAAAAUUGAGAGAUGAAAUAGCUUAUGUGAAGAAUGAAAUCUCAGGUGUAGUCUUCUCCCAACUUAAUCUGAAUAGGUCUCUCAAGAACUAGGAGGACUAGACACUUGGCCUUAAUAAAGAAUUUCAAGAGUUUAACAACAGGAUCAGAAAGUGGCAAGAGGAUUUCUUAGAAAAAUAUUCGAAGCAAUACAAUAGUCUGUUAGGGGAGAUAAGUGAAAUUAGAGAGAAGAAUAUUGUUCUGGAUAACGGUUUGUUUAAAAAGGAACAAGAAAUUAGAAGACUUUAAAAUCAUAUUUAGCAGCUGCAAAAGCAGGUAGAAGGGCAUGAUGCUUGGUUGCAUAAGAUGUAGGACCAGAUUAAUGAUAUUGACAAAAGGAAAUGCGACAUAGUAGAUGUGAACAAAGACCUUAAAAAUCUGGAUUCUGAGAUCGAUAAAAUUAAGCUAGAUGUUGACAAUCAUGGAAAUCAUUUCGCUAUGGUCGAAAAUUUUGUCGAGAAAUACAUACCUAUUAGAAUUUAGUCAACUAUCUCAGAAGUACUGUCAGUUAUUCUGCCUUAUAAAGAAAAGAAUAAAUUAGGAGAGUUUGAGAAGAAAAGAUUCGCUGAAUUGCAUUAGAUUAUCUUAGAAGAUGAUGGGAUUCCUAGAUUAGCUGAGUAACUGAAAUAGAUUAGGAUGAAAAUGGAGGAAAGACCUUAUCAAAGUAAAAAGAAGCUGAUGGCAAUGGUAAGAAGAGGGGAUUAUGUUUCCAUAAAUAGUAGUUCAAAGCAUGGAGGCAGUGUCUUCAAUGACGGAGCAAGCGAGGCAAGCAAUGGUUCAAAGCUGCUUAAACGCUAAAUGACUCUAAGCAGCUCUUCUAAUAUGAAUCCAAAUGAUGGUGGGAAGCAUGCAGGAGAUGACUCAGGAAGAAAUAGGAACAGCAAGGCAUAAAGAAUAAAACUUCCCACUCAAACUCAGAAAGUGGGUGAUCACCCUGAUAGUGUGAGAGAUAAAGCAAACUUAUUAUAAAAGCCUGAAAUUGCCUAUGAGGAUAGUCCAAGUUAGAGAUAAAGGCUUAACAGCUAGCAAAAAGAUAGAGAUUAUGGACAUAAAGAACUAAGUGAUUUUACUAUAGAAGUUAAGAGAUAGAGGAGAGCAUCCGUAAUUAGAAAUCCUAUUUCAGACAACAACAUUGUCAUCCAAAAUUCAGUAAAAAAUGAUAAUUAGCAAACCAUCAAGGAAGAGGACUCGUCUAAAGGUGUAAAUUCCGAUAAUGAAAAUCAUAAAGAAUCUCGCUCUACUGUAUCCUACGAUAUCAGAGACGAACCAAUCGUCCAUGAAAUAAGAAGAGAAGAAAGCAGUGAAGAAGAUGAAGAUGAGGAUGAAGAUAUGGAUGACUACUAUCAAAACUCUCGAAUAAACCAAAAACUUCACGAAAUUAACAUUCAAACCCAGAAGUUAAAAUAUUUUAUGGAUGAUUAGGUCAAGAAUUUCAGAGUUGAAAUCGAUUAAUUUAAAGAGAAGUCUCUCAGCUCUACAAAAGAACUAGACUAAUUUGUUCAAAGUAUAUAUGCAGAUUUACAAAAUCUUUUGGAAACAAGAAAAAGGGAAAAAUAAGAUAUGGUAGCUGAUAUGCAUUAACAGCAUGCCAAGGUGGAUGAACUUUUACUAAACAAGGAUUACGUCAAUACUUCGCUAAUACAAAUAUCAACUAUAGUAAUUUUUUUAAUAUUAUAAAUGAUUGCUAGGUGGCUUGCUUGA